UUCGGAAGCUCAGCCGAACCCCGAGAUGGGGAGCGCUCGAUUCGCACGAGUGGCCUGGUUGCUUGUCGGCGCUGGAAUCGCGGCGCCUUCAACUGCUCCAGCGGUCGCGGCGUCCGGUAACCCAAGGAGCUCUGAGAACCUGACAUCACUCGGUCAGCCUAAAUCCACCGCCGAAUCGAGGCUGGCGAGGCAGACCCGGCUUCCCUUGUACAGUCGUCAGCUGGCCUACUAUCCGUUCGGUGCGAGCUACGGAAGUGUGUACGCAAGCCGAUUUGGCAACCAGAACGGACCUCGUUUCGGAGGUCAGUUUGGAACUGCCUUUGCGAGCCCUUUUGGAAGCCGUUUCGGAAGCCAGUUGGGAAGCCAGUUCGGAGGCCGCCUCGGCGGUCAGUUCUCCAGACCCAUCUACAGACCCGUGGGGAGUUCACUGGGAGCAUUCCUCCCGAUCCAGGGUCCGUCGUCGGCUGUGCUCAUCCCCCAGUUGGCGGUCAACUACCCGAUUGGGCUGCCCUACGUCGUUGGGAUUCCCUACCCCGUCUACAUCCCCCUCAUACCGACGGGGGGCGGCGGGGUGCUUUUUCCCGACGACGCUGGAUUUGAUGCCGCCGCAAAAUAA